AUGCCUAAAGCUGCGAAACCACGCACGACAAACAGGCUAGGCCUUUUUAGCUGGCAAGGCACCGCCAGUACGGCGAGGGGCCUGACGAAGGCGGGGAAGCCAAAUACAACGACUGCAGAAAGGAAGGUGGUCAAACCCACAAAUGAUGUGGCAGACACUGGAGAGGUGGCAACUGCAUCUGAGUCUAAAGAUCCCAAACCAUCUCCAUCUCCAUCUCUGGUUGAGGACUACCUCCUUCUCGUCCGUCUGAGCGAGGCUUGCUACCCUACUAUUUCUCGGCUUCUGUCUGUGCCAUCAGACCUCACAUUCGCGGAGCUACAUGAAGUUUUCGAGGUCGUGUUCCGGUGGACUAACCUCCAUGGAUACUCUUUCGAUGUCUCGAAGCUCUUGGAGGAAGACGAGCCUUCCAAGUAUUUUCCUGGCAGUGUGAUGAAAAAUGAUGCCCAGCGAGAAGCCAAGGACGUCACACUUGCAGGCAUCUACGACAACGAUGAAUACAAAGACAAGGUCGAAGUCUCGCACAGUAUGCACGAUCACGGUGGUGCUAUGCGGGACCACGAGAUCACCUUCCUUGGGCGCGGGGAUCCCGCAAUGCGGAAGGCCAUACAGAUCUCAGACGACAUGAAAGUUGUCUGUCUCGGGGACUCGGGCCACCCACGUGUAGAGGAGCGCGGUAGCUUCGAUGGCUCGAACGGCCUCAAAAAACUGUUCACAAUCAGAGGAGGAAUUAUGCCCAAGGAAAUGAGUGGUGAGAGCACAGUUGUGCCAACUGCCACCCCCGAAGAUGUGGGAACGGCGACCGCCAAAGGAGAGGACCCUGAUAAAUGGGAUAUCGUGGAUGUUAAUCGUGCGCUUUCAGAACGCUUCAAGUAG